UUCAUUUUGAAUCCUUUCGUAUUGUAUGUUGUAGGAACUGUUGAUACUACGAUCACCUGCACCUCAACUAUUGCAGUGCGAAGGCACUGUCUGAAUUUGCCGGUUUCCAGGAACGAUAUGUUCUCUUGGCUUGCCGAUCGACAGAAAGGCGAGGAGGGAGCAACUUACGCUGGGGACAAGCAUGACAAGGGCAAACAGACCACCUCGGAGGAAGAAGAACAGUUAGAAAUUGACGACUCAGCAGAGUCAGCUAUUGAGGAUCUUGUCGAUCACUCGGAUGACUCGAGUUCCGAGGAAGAUGUCGCAAAACCAACAAUCACCGUCCCGUCCACCUUUGAAGGCAUCAUCGGUUCUCAACGAGUAGCUAUGCCUCGGAAAGAAUGUCAGUCUCCAGCUCGAUUAUCAAGGUCGAUAGAAGUUGCUGGACGCACUUUCAAUUCGGCCAGUACUUCUCAUUCAAUCGUUAAGGGCUCUGACAACCAUACUGUCAGUCGCGCUCAAGCCUCCGACGUUUACAUUUACGAUAUCACUACUCUCGCGCCUCUUGCAUCCUUACAGUCUCGCAUUCUCGAAGAGUUUUCCCGCGUCAGCCCUUUGACCUACAUGCGUUUAUCCAAAACACAUUUCAAGGAGAUUAUUCCGACAGUCUAUCAUACAUUCAAUGUCACAAUUGACUUUGGGAAAUGCUUAUAUGGGGCCCAUCCCAUGACUGAAACAAAGCGCCUAGGGUUUUGGCAUGUUAAGCACCUCUUCCUUGGGAUCAACACAGGCCUUUGCUUUUAUCCUUUUCCUACACCUUUUUGGAAGGCUAAGGAUUUCAUGUUGGCUAUUAUAAACCUAAGCAAGCCUAAUGGGCAUCGGUACAUCUUCCCUAACUUGAAAGGGGUUCAUGUUGCUCAACCGUUACUUGAAUCAAAGAAUGAGGGUGAGAUGAGUUUGCAUCAUCUUUUCUGGCAAGCUCUAACGGAGUACAUCACUCCUCCGUCCUGCCCUAUCAAUCUUCACCUCGUCCGGGACUACAAUACUCACAAAGUAUCCCACGACAUCCCAGAUGUAAUCCUUCAUUAUCUUGCAAAUCGAAACCUCGCUUUCCAUAUGUACACAAUGAACGGCAGAGCCAAACGAUGGAAGUACUAUUGGACGACUUUCCCCCACCAAAUCAUCACCUUCAAGGUUGCCGGUCCGCGAUCGCCCUUCCUCGACCAAGAGGUCCUAUCAGAACUUAUGCCUAUACUUCUCGGACCCGACAUCCCUCAAGACUGGAGGAAGAAACAUCCGCAUAGUGCACUUCAAAUUCCUGUCAAAAAGGCGACGAUGGUCUUAAAUAAUCUUGUCGUCGAGGCCUACAGGCGGCUGGGACAAAUAGCGCAGGCACAGCGAAAACGAAAGAAACCAUUAGCUGUGCCCAUCGACCGCGAAAGAUACGUCAUCAAGGUUUUGUUCCACAAAACUCAACUGAAAGGGGUUGAAAUGAGGGAUCAAAUAGCAAAAGAAGAGGUGACGAUAUAUGGGGAGCACAGAAAUUUACUUUGGAAUAUGACAGCGCAUCGAAAAAGGCAAGAACAGACGAUGGAACAGGACCAGCGAAUGAAGAUGAAAAAGGCUAAGACGAGCUCUGACUGAGCAAGGGGCAACGACAUCCCAAAGGCAAAUAUUGCCCUUUGGGACAUGACAUCUUAAUAGUUAUUAUACCCAAUUUAAGUCUUUGCCCUCAAUAUUUCGAAAUGUCGUUUGUUAUUUUACGACUAUUCUACUUCAAAGCCCACAUUGGUCUCCACCAGUAAGUCUCGAGAUCUGGGCGCGUGUAUAACAACGCCACAUUGCAGUCGGU